ACCGGUGACCGAAAGGUCUCGUUGCGGACGGAAAGAAACGAAAAGAGACGGAAAAUCGUAUAUCUCGACCCACGCGAACGGUGUAUGUACAAUAAAGAAUCCAGGUUCUGCGAACGUUGAAGAGAGUCUGAAGAGAGAAGAAAGAAGGUAGGGUGAUCGAAUCGGCCUUAUAUGCCUAUUUAAUGGUAGCGACUGAGAGCAACCGUGACUGAGAGUUACCGUCUGGUCAACUAGGGCCACCGAGUAACCGUCGAUGCCACAACGACACACGGUGCUGGACCGAGAGCAUCGUUACAAUAAGCUUUCCUCUUCUUCUUGGACGUUCUGCACCGAGAGAGACUAGUUAAACUCCCGCCAUAAAGAGGCAGAGUGGGGAAUAGCGAAUCGCGGGUAUGCAUACGCGAGUCUUCAGGGACGAAGAGAAACGAGUUUGUAAACGGGGCCAGUCGUGGUGAAGCUUCAGUUCGGCCCGAGAGAUCGACGCUUAAACGUUGUGUGUUUCUUCUUUAACGCUUACCGAUCGUAAACAGAUUUCAAUACGCUUCUUGCUGCCUUUGUUCUUUUUUUUUUUUUUUCAGUAUUUGUGCGCGAGUUAGAUAUUCGUAUGAGAAGCAAGACUGCGAGCGAACAAGUGUUUGAAAAUGACUAUACGCAAGAAAACAACGAGUGGCGCGAACGAGAAAAAUAAAACGUCGAAAAAGGAAGUGGCGACGAGUUCGUCAAGCGACAUGACCACCGUCGAGACGGUGGAAGUCGUGUCGUCGACGAGUUUCGUCGAGGAGGCGCGACAAGUGGUGGAGAGCGAGUCGAAGAGCAGCGUGUUCGAGGUAACCAGUGCGAGUCGUGAAGUGAUCAUGGAUUCCAAGGGUAACAUCGUCAAGAUUAUCGAAACACCUCCGCAGAUCGUAGGUCAGACGAUGUCCUCUCAUAAAUCAGGGAAAACAUCCCAGGAUUUCAUCAAGGAAGAACAGGUACAGUCCGUGAAACAAGGUAGGUCGAUGAUCGAGGAUAAUGCACGAAACAAGGACCUCGAUGUUUGUCUCACGUCUGAAAGAGUCAGUAGUUCGUCAGAGAUUCAAACUCGCAGCGAAUCGCGUGCAGAAAGCGUUCAGAAGUCAGUGUCCUCGAGCACGAUCGUGGAGGACCGUCAUCAAGGUCGAUCGUCGACGAAGAUGGUCUCCGACGGUACCGUGAACGGUGAACAACAGGUACCACAGAUACAGACGUCGUCUAAAUCGAUGGAGAGUAAACAAUCUAGCAAAGAAACGUACGAGGCGACGACGAAGGAUGGCCAGACGGUUUCAAGUACGUCAAAGAUCCAGGAGGCGGGCGAGAAAGUGGACGACAAUGGACGAGUGACGGCCUCGCAGACCCGCAACGUGGAGCACGAGACCAUGGUCGUACCUUCUGAUCAGGGUCGAGUUAAAUUCUCCGAUGACGUCAGGACUAUCAGCGACAAGAUCGUACUGGACUCUUCUUCCGGCGAAAGCACCGCGAAGAGCGUCGCGAAGACCGACGUCUCGCGUUUCAGCAAAUCUGGACAAUCUGCGUGGGACGGCACGUUUAUCGUCGAAAGUCCAUCACCGGUUAAGGAGAAACAGACGACCAGAGUGGAAAAAGGGAAAGUAGAUCAUACGGUUUCAAAAGCUGAAGUCUCUGAACGAGUUUCUUCGUCAACGGUGAUCCACGACUCGAAGAUCGUCGUCGACGAAGCUUAUACAGACGUCUGUUCGACGAGUCGCGAGCAAAUUUCUUCGAGUUUGGAUAAAUCCGGAGAGAAACAGAUAAUCACGACAGAGGUGCAGUCGAAGGACUCGAGUAGAUACAACAGGCCAGGUGAUUCGACUUGGGAUGGCACUUUCGUGAUAGAAAAAACCCCUGAAUCCAGGAGAAGAAACGUUUCAGACGAUUCUGUCUUCCAUCACCCUGGAGCAGACAACGUUAUCGAGUCGACGCAGAGAUCAGACUUCAAAGAGAAAAGUUUGGAUGGUUCUUACGAGAAGAAAUCAUCGAAUGUUGUUCACGUGGUGCAAGGCGGCACAGAAUCGUCCAGGUUUCUAUCCGAGGAGCGUAGAAACGUCAGCGAGGAGGUUUACAUCGAUGGAAAACCGAUUAGACGCACCGUCAGACCUGGAGAAUCCACCUGGAAUGGUCAAUUCGUACAGGAAAAACCGCAGAAAACAUCGAAGGGUGACACUGUGGUCAGGAGAAGUGAGAAACGACACGAUUCCGUGGAUGUCGAAGACGUGACGGAGGAGCAAAACGUUUCCAGUACAUCGGAAUCCGUCUCGACGUCCUACGUCGUCGAGUACGCCACCAGCGAUGAAAAGAAGAAGACUGAAAAGGUGACUUCCGUCUCUGAGACUAUUCUCGAGGAAGAUUCCGAAGGAGGCACAUCUCGGCGACAGACUCCAGAGAAACACACGCGCGACAGGUCACCUGGGUAUUAUAGACCUGGUCAGUCCACGUGGGAUGGAAGUUUCGUUCGCGAGAAACCACCAGCACCUGACCGUCGAGUAACCGACGUAAGGAGACCCACGGACACCGCGAUCAUCCGCGACGUGUCAGAGGACAAUUCCAUCAACGAGGUGCACGACACGAAAGUGGAUGGUGUUCCCAGCAGACCGGAAACACCUAAGGGAAGGGACACCAGGUUGACCAAAUCUGGUGCUUCUACGUGGGAUGGAAGCUUCGUUCGCGAGAAACCACCAGCACCUGACCGUCGAGUAACCGACGUAAGGAGACCCACGGACACCGCGAUCAUCCGCGACGUGUCAGAGGACAAUUCCAUCAACGAGGUGCACGACACGAAAGUGGAUGGUGUUCCCAGCAGACCGGAAACACCUAAGGGAAGGGACACCAGGUUGACCAAAUCUGGUGCUUCUACGUGGGAUGGAAGCUUCGUUCGCGAGAAACCACCAGCACCUGACCGUCGAGUAACCGACGUAAGGAGACCCACGGACACCGCGAUCAUCCGCGACGUAUCAGAGGACAAUUCCAUCAACGAGGUGCACGACACGAAAGUGGACGGUGUACCCAGCAGACCGGAAACACCAAAGGGAAGGGACACCAGGUGGACCAAAUCUGGUGCUUCUACGUGGGAUGGAACCUUUGUGGUGGAGAAAUCACCAGAUACCAGGAGACCACCCAGUAGAGAGUCUGAUAGGCCUCGACCAGAGUCCAGACAGAGUCCUGUACCAUCCUCGAGGAGACACGUCAACGAUACCACUCUGGAUCUUCGGGAUACGCGGAUAUCCAGUACUUCCGAGGUUUUCGACAAAUCCUUCGUCGUCGUGGAACAGUCGACUCAUGAGAACUACUCAGACUCGUCUAACCUUGACUAUUCUACUACUUCCAUGGAAACGGUCAUCAUCCGCGACGGUGUGCCUACGAGUACCCGGAAGACUGUGACGAUCGAAGAACCCAAAGGUACUGAGAAAUCCUUGGAACACCAACCUGAGUCCACUCAGAAACGUCCCCAGAGUCCUGAUAAGGGAGAUCGAUCUAUCAGACCUUCGAAACCUGGCGCCUCCACUUGGGAUGGCUCGUUUGUGUACGAAAAACUAGCUGAUAAAACACCGACAGAUGUUUCUAAGAAACCAAGUCAAAAGCCACCUACUGACACUAGAAAACCUGAAGAUUCAAGCUAUUUCACUGAAAAAUCUAUCACUCUGGAGGACAUUUCCAGGGACGUUCAAAAAUCCGAAUUCGUCUCUUCUAGCACUCUCGAACAUACAACUAAAGACUCGCAAUUUUCCACCACAUAUCUUCAUGAAAUUGACGAUAAAAGGAGUCCCAUUGAACCUGGAAAAAUACCUGGACGCGAAACUCCUCGGUUACCCAAGGACAAACACCCUGAAGAUACCAAAGUUUCUACGACGAUCGUUCGUGAAAUUGACGAGAAGAAAACUCCUACCGAGGCUAAAGAUAGAAAAAAGUCUCUUGAAGAUCGUGUCAAGAGUCCUGAAAAAUGGGACAGGUCCACGAGACCAACCAAACCUGGUGAGUCCACCUGGGAUGGUUCCUUCGUGUACGAAAAACCUGAGGACCAAAAGAAGAAACCCACAGACGAUAAAAAGGGGCCGAAAGAAUUGUCCCCUAAGCCUAAAGACGACAAACCGAUCCCUUCAGCUCCGAGAAAAGAUGAUACCAAUAUUUCCAUUGUUAAACACGAGGUGACGGAUGUAAGGGAUGUUAAGGAUGAUAAGACUGAUAUUGAGGUGGUUCAGAGUUCUUACGUAAUCGAUCAAUCGUCCAGUUUCACCUCGGUGCAGGACGUCCGCGAUGUUGUCGAGGAACGUGUCAUCAGCGAAUUUACGACGGACACGCGGGAAGAAUUGAGAGAUGUCACUAAAUCAACGAGCGAUUUCAUCGACAAAGUGCAGGUGACUAGUAUGGUAGCCCGGGAUGUCGUUGACGACGCCCGGUACGACAGAUUCACCACCAGUACACCCCACGAUACCCCGCGAAAAAGCUCACCAGAACGACCCGGAUAUCCUCGAGGAAUCCCUGGACUCCGGGAGGACGAUCGACCGAAACCGAUACCAGCUGCAGGGAAACCGAGUCGACCUACGAAACGCGAACAAAGUCCUGUCGAAACAAGAAGACCAUCUGGGACCAGGGCAAGAUCACCGGAAAAGCCGCGCGAUUAUGUUUCCCCGUCAAGCAAACCUGCUGCAGGUAAACCGAGUCGCCAGGAAUCGGCUGCGGUUCCUGAAAAACCGACUCGACCGGAGGACAAACCGAAGAGAGGUGAUCAGACUCCAGAUUCCUUGGACGAGGACAGCGUCCAGCCUGGAAAGAUACCCGACAUACUGUCGAAGAUUCCUCUGAAGGAGCAGUGCAUCUGCGAACUGUGCACCUGCGGACGACAUCGUUGCCCGCACAAUUUACCUCAAGAUCACUUGGAUCUUCCUCGUGACGAGCCGAUACAGGCGGUGAGUUCUUACCGUGAAGAAUUCGAUGAGAAAAGGGUUGAUAGACAGACCAUAUAUCACCAUGAAGACCAUCUUCGUUUGGAAGGAGAUUUCAUCGGACAAAGACGAACCGAUUACGUGGCGACGAGAGGGGAGACAGCGCCGGUGAGGAAGCCACAGGACAACUUGAAGCCGGAAGGUGAAUUCAUUGGAAGGCCCAAAGAGGAAGCUCCCAAGUAUGGAGAUCGUGCACCAGUCAGGAGACCCCAGGACAAUCUCCGACCUGAGGGAGAAUUCGACAGUACUACCACCACGGAGCUGGUGUUUACCGGAACACCCGGCGAACGACCAACCCCUAUACGCCGCAACACCUACACGAAGGUCGAGGGUGAAUUUAUCGACGAAACCACUGCAAGAUCCGAGUACAUCGAUCAUCGAACCGUACAACGGGCCGAGAUCAUCAAGCGAACGGACAACCUCACAGUGGGAGAGGGUGAAUUCACGGGUACCUCUCAUCUCAAAGAGGAUUUCCAUAGCUACGAUAACGUCGAGAGGCAGCCUCGACGACGAAUCACCUACACGGACGAAGAUGACCGGUUUUACAGCAAGACCGAUACAAUGGAGAGCACCACGACCACGCAGGAAGAAUAUAAAAGUUUUGAUCAAACUGAUUACCGAAGCACAGCUGUGAUUAGAAGAGAUGACAAUUUGAAAUCCGAAGGACCUUUCGAAGGUGUACCCCAAACGAAGGACGACUACGUUGUGCCGGCUAUAACCAGGCGACCGGAACCACAGAGGCCCAAGGAUAAUCUGAAACCAGAGGGACCUUUCGAAGGAAGGCCGAAGGAUGAUUACGUGCCAACCAGAGGUGAAAGAGCAGAAGUAAAGAGACCACAGGAUAAUCUGAAACCGGAAGGUCCUUUCGAAGGACGCCCUAAGGAUGAUUUCACACCGAAACGCGCAGAGAGACCUGAAGUUAAGAGACCGGAAGAUAAUUUGAAAUCCGAAGGUCCCUUUGAAGGGCGACCUAAGGAUGAUUAUAUGCCUACUAGAGGCGAAAGAGCUGAUGUCAAACGACCACAGGAUAAUUUGAAACCUGAAGGACCAUUUGAAGGACGACCUAAGGAUGAUUAUAUGCCUACCAAAGGCGAAAGAGCUGAUGUCAAACGACCACAGGAUAAUUUGAAGCCUGAAGGACCAUUUGAAGGACGACCUAAGGAUGAUUAUUCUCCAAAACGUGCUGAACGUCCGGAAGUAAAGAGACCUGAAGACAACCUUCGUCCUGAAGGUCAGUUUGAAGGUCGUCCAAAGGAUGACUAUUCUCCAAAACGUGCUGAACGUCCAGAAGUAAAGAGACCUGAAGACAACCUUCGUCCUGAGGGUCCUUUCGAAGGACGUCCAAAGGAUGAUUACAAACCAACAAGGGGUGAACGGGCUGAUGUAAAACGACCUCAGGAUAACCUGAAACCUGAAGGACUAUUCGAGGGAAGACCAAAGGACGAUUACUCACCUAAGAGAGCAGAACGUCCAGAUGUAAAAAGACCUCAGGACAACUUGAAACCCGAGGGAUCGUUCGAAGGACGACCGAAAGAUGACUUUACACCGAAAACCGCAGAACGUCCAGAAGUUAAAAGACCUCAGGACAAUCUCCGACCUGAAGGAGAAUUUGAAGAUCAUCCCCGGGACGUGUACACUCCUGGUGAGAGGCGUACUCCUAUCAGACACCCGGAUCAUUUGUUCCCUGAAGGAGAAUUUGAAGAUCAUCCCCGGGACGUGUACACUCCUGGUGAGAGGCGUACUCCUAUCAGACACUCGGAUCAUUUGUUUCCUGAAGGAGAAUUCGAAAGACCUACGCCUGUACCUUAUGGUCCUGGUGAAAGGGCGGCCAUCGUUCGUCAUCCGGAUAACUUGUUCCCUGAAGGUGCUUUCCCAGACAGAGAACGCGUUCCAUUCACACCUGCGGAAAGAAGAACACCUAUUAAACAUUAUGAUAACCUUCGUCCUGAAGGUCCCUUCGAGGGACGUCCGAAGGAUGAUUAUAAACCAACGAGAGGUGAAAGAGCUGACGUGAAACGUCCGGAGGAUAACUUAAAACCGGAAGGUCCAUUCGAAGGAAGACCAAAGGACGACUACUCUCCCAAGAGAGCAGAACGUCCUGAGGUUAAGAGGCCUCAAGAUAAUUUGAAACCAGAAGGUCCCUUCGAAGGGCAUCCAAAGGAUGAUUAUAAACCUACCAGAGGUGAAAGAGCUGACGUGAAACGUCCAGUGGAUAACCUAAAACCUGAGGGUCCCUUCGAAGGAAGACCAAAAGACGACUUCUCUCCGAAGAGAGCAGAACGUCCUGAGGUUAAGAGGCCUCAAGAUAAUUUGAAACCGGAAGGUCCCUUCGAAGGGCGUCCAAAGGAUGAUUAUAAACCUACCAGAGGUGAAAGAGCUGACGUGAAACGUCCAGAGGAUAACCUGAAACCUGAGGGUCCCUUCGAAGGAAGACCAAAGGACGACUUUUCUCCGAAGAGAGCUGAACGUCCAGAGGUUAAGAGACCUCAAGACAAUUUAUAUCCUGAGGGUGAGUUCGAAAGACCAGAGAAGCCUUGGGUGGGCCCCGCGGAAAGACGAACACCUAUUAAACAUUCGGAUAACUUGAGACCGGAAGGCGACUUUGAACGACCCGAUCACGAAGAAUACCGUCCAGCUGAAAGGCCCGAGGUGAAGAAACCUAAGGAUAACUUGAAACCAGAAGGAGACUUCGAGCGUCCUCGUCCAGAGAAGUUUAGUCCAGCUGAAAGACGAACACCUAUUAAACAUUCGGAUAACUUGAGGCCGGAAGGUGACUUUGAACGACCCGAUCACGAAGAAUACCGUCCUGCUGAAAGACCCGAAGUGAAGAAACCUAAGGAUAACCUGAAACCAGAAGGAGACUUCGAGCGUCCUCGUCCAGAGAAGUUUAGUCCAGCUGAAAGGCGAACACCUAUUAAACAUUCGGAUAACUUGAGACCGGAAGGCGACUUUGAACGACCCGAUCACGAAGAAUACCGUCCUGCUGAAAGACCCGAAGUGAAGAAACCUAAGGAUAACCUGAAACCAGAAGGAGACUUCGAGCGUCCUCGUCCAGAGAAGUUUAGUCCAGCUGAAAGGCGAACACCUAUUAAACAUUCGGAUAACUUGAGACCGGAAGGCGACUUUGAACGACCCGAUCACGAAGAAUACCGUCCUGCUGAAAGACCCGAAGUGAAGAAACCUAAGGAUAACUUGAAACCAGAAGGAGACUUUGAACGUCCUCGUCCAGAGAAGUUUAGUCCAGCCGAAAGACGAACACUUAUUAAACACCCAGACAAUCUUAAACCGGAAGGAGAGUUUGUUGGCAAACCCAAGGAUGACUUCACUCCAACCAGAGGAGACAGAGCUCCGGUUAAGAGACCUGAAGACAAUCUGAAACCUGAAGGUCCGUUCGAAGGCCGACCUAAGGACGAUUAUCAACCCGUUCGUGGUGAACGAGUUGAGAUAGUGAAGCAUACGGAUAACCUUCGAAUGGAGGGAGACAUUGAAACCUACAGAUCCAGGGACGAAUACACGGACUUCGUGAUCCGUGAAAAAGCGGAAGUUACGAGAUACCAGGACAACCUGCGAAUGGAGGGUGAAUUUACCGAUGUAAGAACCAGAGACGAUUUCAAGGUUGUGAAAGGAGAACGCGCCGAUAUCGUGAGACAUCCUGACAAUUUAAAACCCGAAGGUCCAUUCGAAGGUCGUCCGAAGGAUGAUUAUUCUCCCAAGAGAGCAGAGAGGCCGGAAGUCAAGCGUCCAGAGGACAAUUUGAAGCCUGAAGGAGAGUUUGAGAAACCUGAAAAGAAACCCGUUGGACCGGCUGAGAGGAGGACUCCCAUCAAACACGCCGACAACUUGAAACCGGAAGGGGAAUUCGAGAGGCCUAAACCGGAAGAGUUCAGACCAGCUGAGAGACCAAUCGUGAAGAAACCGCAAGAUAAUCUGAAGCCUGAAGGUGAAUUCAUUGGACGUCCAAAGGAAGAGACGCCAACCAGAGGCGAAAGAGCGGAUGUCAGAAGACCGGAAGACAACCUGAAACCAGAAGGCACCUUCGAGAGGCCAGAGAAGAAACCUGUUGGACCCGCAGAGAGGCGUACUCCUAUCAGGCACCCUGAUAAUUUGAAAACGGAAGGCGAAUUCGAAAGACCGAAACAUGAAGAGUACAGGCCUGCUGAGAGGCCAGAGGUUAAGAAACCGAAGGAUAACUUGAAGCCGGAAGGUGAAUUUAUCGGACGUCCGAAAGAGGAAGCUCCGCGAAGAGGUGACAGAGCUGACGUGAAGAGACCCAAGGACAAUCUCUACCCUGAAGGAGAGUUUGAGAAACCCGAACCGAAGAAGAUCGGUCCAGCGGAGAGGAGAACACCCAUUAAACAUCCUGAUAACUUGAAGCCCGAGGGUGAAUUUAUUGGAAGGCCAAAGGAGGAAGCUCCAAAGCGUGGCGAACGGGCAGACGUGAAAAGACCUCAGGACAAUCUUCGCCAAGAGGGUGAGUUUGAACGACCGCAAAAGACUCCGGUUAAACCCGCUGAGAAGCGCACGCCCAUCAAGCAUCCUGAUAACUUGAAACCCGAAGGAGAAUUUGUUGGUAAACCAAAAGAUGAUUACAAACCAACAAGAGGGGAACGUGCCGACGUGAAGAGACCCGAGGAUAAUCUGAAACCUGAAGGAUCAUUCGAAGGUAGACCCAAGGACGACUUCGUAUCUGUUCGUGGUGAACGCGUCGACAUCAUCAAACGAACAGACAACCUUCGUAUGGAAGGAAACAUAGAGACGUACAGAUCCAGGGACGAGUACACCGAUUUCCUGGUUCGCGAGAGAGCAGAGGUGACCAAGUAUGAAGAUAAUUUACGAAUGGAAGGUGAGUUCACGGAUGUGAGAACCAGAGACGAUUUCAAAGUCGUGAAAGGAGAACGCGUGGAGGUGGUGAAGCAUCCGGACAAUUUGAAACCAGAGGGUCCGUUCGAGGGUCGUCCAAAAGACGAUUAUUCGCCGAAGAGAGCGGAAAGGCCGGAGAUCAAGAGACCGGAAGAUAACUUGAAGCCGGAGGGAGAGUUCGAGAGACCACAGAAGAAACCCGUUGGUCCUGCUGAAAGACGAACACCUAUUAAACACGAGGAUAAUCUGAAACCUGAGGGUGAAUUUAUUGGAAGACCGAAGGAACAGGCGCCGAAGAGGGGCGAAAGGGCAGACGUAAAGAGGCCAAAGGAUAACUUGAAAUCAGAAGGAACCUUCGAGAGGCCAGAGAAGAAACCGGUUGGUCCUGCUGAGAGGAGAAGUCCCAUCAAACAUCCGGACAAUUUGCGUUCAGAAGGAGAGUUCGUUGGACGUCCUAAAGAGGAAGCGCCUGUCAGAGGUGAACGAGCGGAUGUGACCAGGCCGAAAGAUAAUUUGAAACCGGAAGGAGAAUUCCAGAGACCUCAGAAAUCUCCGGUUGGUCCGGCAGAGAGGAGAACACCGAUACGUCACGAAGACAAUCUCUAUCCUGAAGGAGAAUUCGCGGGACGACCCAAGGAUGACUUUACUCCGAAACGUGCUGAGAGGCCGGUACAAAAGAAACCCAAGGACAAUUUGAAACCCGAGGGUGAAUUUACUGGCAAGCCCAAGGACGAUUACAAACCCACGAAAGGAGAGAGGACCGAGAUCGUGAUCCACAGAGACAACUUGAAGAUGGAAGGUGACAUUGACAUCCACAGGUCCAGAGACGAUUAUAAAACCAUCACCAAGGUGGAGCGCGUUGAUGUUGUUCGUCGAGAGGAUAAUCUGAAAAUGGAGGGUGAAUUCGUUGACAUUCGAAGACGAGACGAUUACAGAGUGACUCGUGGAGAACGCAGCGAGAUCGUCAGACACGAAGAUCACCUUCGACCUGAAGGAGAAUUCGAGAAACCAGAGAAGUCUCCGGUUGGUCCCGCUGAAAGAAGGACGCCCAUUAAACACCCUGAUAAUCUCAAGCCUGAAGGACAAUUCGCGCAACGUCCUAAGGCGCCCACGCCCACCAAGGGUGAGAGGGCACCGGUCAAGAAGCCCAAGGACAAUCUUAAACCCGAAGGAGAAUUUGAGAGGCCUCAGAAGUCUCCAGUUGGCCCAGCAGAGAGACGCUCGCCCAUCAAACAUCCAGAUAAUCUCCACCUAGAAGGAGAAUUCGCUGGAAGACCUCGGCAAGAGACUCCAACGAGAGGAGAACGCGCCGAUGUUAAGAGACCCAAGGACAAUCUCCACCCUGAAGGUGAGUUUACCAAACGAACGCCUCAGAAGGUAGGUCCAGCCGAAAGACGUACUCCGAUUCGUCACGAGGACAACCUCCAUCCAGAAGGCGACUUCUACAUCGUGCCGAAGGACGACUACACACCCAAGCGAGGCGAACGUGCUCCUGUUAGGAAACCUCAGGAUAAUCUGAGACCAGAAGGCGAAAUGGAAGUCAGUCCUUCGUCCAAGGACGAUUACAGACACGUUAAUGGAGAACGAAUGGAAAUACGUCGCCAUGAAGAUCAUCUUAAGAUGGAGGGAGAGAUAGACGUUCGUCGUUCGAGGGACGAUUACAAGAAGGUUACCAAGGUCGAGAGGGUAGACAUGAGGAAGCGGGAAGAUAAUUUGAAGAUCGAGGGUGAGUUCAUCGACGUGCGACGCAAGGACGACUACACGCACGUCGCCGUUGAACGGACACCGGUUAAGAAGCACCCUGACAAUCUCCGACCCGAAGGAGACUUCGAGCGUCCUCAGAAAUCUCCUCAAGGACCCGGGGAGAGAAGGUCGCCCAUCAAACACUCGGACAAUUUGAAGCCGGAGGGAGAUUUCAUAGGAAGACCACGAGAUGAUUUCACCCCGAAGAGAGGCGAAAGGGCAGAGGUAAUUCGUCGCGAGGAUAACCUGAAGAUGACCGGCGACUUUCAAGACAGCACCUCGCAGAGAUCUACCUACACGGUGGUGCGUGGAGAACGCGCUGAGAUCAAGCGUCACGAGGACAAUCUGAAAGUCAGCACCGCGUCUAUGGAAACUAAAACAACCAACAGAGACAUGUUUGCGCCUACCAAGAAGGAGGAUUCACCAGCUGGAAAGACCGUCAGUCGCAGACACCAUAUGGAAUCCUCGAUCACCCUCGGCGAUGACGUUUCCAUGAUCUCCACCGCCAAUCAGAGGAACUUCAACACCUUCACUAAACGCACUGGCAAGGAGGUCGCCGCAAAAAUCAGCAGCCUGGAGUCAGAUACCAAGAGAAACGUCAGCACAGAAUCCAAGAUUCUGGAGAACGGAACGGUGAUUACAACAGCUAAGAAGAUCACUUCCGCUCAAGCUGCCGAACGUAUAUCCUCUCAGAACGUUCAACAUCAUACUCAGAUAGAUUCCAGGAACAAUCACCAGUAUACGAACGAGCAUCAUCAGAGAGUACACUCCAGUGAACACCUAAGGUCGCAGAAUGUCAGCCAAACUCGACGUCAAUUGGAUGACAAGUCGUCUACCGAUGUCCAGACUCAUCGCGGGCAGCUGGUAGACAGCAGACACACCGAGCAGCACCUGAAACAUUUGGAAAGACAGCAGCAAGAAAGCAGCAAACGCGAUUACGUGAAUACUCAACACGUGGAGUCGCGACAGACAUCGAGCAGGCAGAAGCAGCAACACGAACACCAUACCAUCUCCAGCCAGGCUCGUUAUAAUUCUAAUCAAUCGAGUAGCGCAGAGUUUAGACAGGCUAUCAGUGGUCAAUCGGAAAGAUCGCAAUUAGACAGUACCUUCACCAAGACCAGUCAUCACAGGAAAAAUGUGAUCUCUUCGUCGGCCGCGGAUGUGACCAACGCGGUACUCCACAGGCGCGGGGUUACUUCCUCUACGGAGGCUCUUCACACGAUCUCUUCAACAGCUGCUGAUCAGAAGAAGAGCAUCUCGAACCUGGCUGAAAGUGGUCAAUACAUUAGCAAUUCGAGUCAGAGUAACGAUAGACGAAGUUUGACAUCUCUUCACCGUAGCAAUAAGGAAGGGAACCCUUGGGCUUCGUCCACUUACGAGCGUCCGCAGAGAAUCGUGCGACAGGACAAUUUGACCGUUGGUGGGAAAUUCUAUUCGCACAGCGAAGCUAAAAAUUACGGGAACUUCGCCAGUCAGAAGGUCGAAAGAGUAAAGAGACAGUCCAAUGUGUCUCAUAUCAGUCUCGGCGAUGGUACCACUGUCACCUCCAGCAUGUACAAGAAGGAAUUCGUGCCCAGACACAAGGGACCCUGUCCAGCAGCGCUCAUAGAGGCGAAACAGGCACCCUUCAAACACACCAGGGACACGCCGAAACAUAAGUUCUACAUGCCGGUCGUUUCGAAUUAAUUUAUUACCCGACGUGAUUACAAAAGAUCAUUCGUAAUUAUUGAACGCCAUGGCGAGGAUAAUUCGUUUAGUAAUUGAAAGUCUACCAAGUAAUCGGUAAAAUCAAUUGUUUCUUUUCUUCUACAUUUCAUGAAAUGAUCUGUAUUUGUAAAUCGUUAAGAAUCUCAUUUUAUUUAUUUAAAAAUAUAUUUGGCGGAGAAGACGUAAUUAAAAUAAAAAAUAAAAAAUAAAAAAUAAAAAAUAAAAAAAAAGAUAUCCUUCGCAAAAGAAUAAAUUUAUUUGUUAGUUAUUUUUUCUGAUAGCUUUUGCAACGAAAGGCUAAAGAUAUAAAUUAGUUUUCUUUUUUUUAGGUAUAUUGAAUUUGUGGUGCUCACAUGGCAAUAGACACAUAAGAAUUAUAAUAUUUUUUUGUUACAAAAUUUUCUAUUGUUUAGAAUUGUUAAAAGUUAUCCAAGUCCAACAAAAUUAGGUCUAUAAGAGUAAACUAAAUUGCAGGCUGUGACGAACUCGUAUUUCGGGAAAACUGUAUUGAUCUUACAGUCAGUUUAAAAACACCCUAAAAAAAAGACACAAUUGACUGUGAAAGAGUUCGUUGAGAUUUCUGUUCACUUUAAGCCACGUGUAUUACAAAGCAAUAAGUAGAGCUUAAAUCCGUGAUACGUGGGCGAAUCUGAUUAUUGUAUCAGGUUCGAUCGACACUUAGAGUAUAUAAAAAGGUCAUCACGUGUAGCGUCAGCUUUGUUUUAUAUUUAAUCGUAUCUUCUGUAUGCAACAGCCAUAUUCAUUGUUAAGAAUUAGGGAGAGAAUAUUCAUCGAUCGUCUGGAUGGGCAAAAUAUAGAAUAAUGUUCCAUGGCAAUGAACCCAGAUACCAUUAACUUUUGCUACCAAUAGCAAUAAAUAAAGACACGAAUGAAGGAAGAGGACAAGAUCGAUUGAAUAUUAUUCUCCCUACACUAUUAUCUUGCUGGUAUAUCACCCUCUCCUAUUUUCCGUUUAACAUUCUGCCAGUUAUAAUUAACCUUCGUGCUUUAAUAAGUUUAUUGUAAUCGUUUUGAUGUUAAUUCCAGGCACAGCAGAGAAGAUUUUAUAAUUUCGUAGGUCCUAUCGACGCUGCAUAUGUUCCUUUAUGGAACGUGUUACUAUUAUUUGUUUCUUUACUUUAUUUUUGGUUUAUAUAUGUUCUUGAUAGAAUAAAGACGUUUUACAAUUUA